UCAUAAUGCGUAUAAUAAUAUGAUGCGCUGGAGACAGAACGCUGGAGACAGCGGGAUUAACUCGCGGCUCGCGCCACUCCAACAUUCGCUUAAAUUAUACUUUAAUCCCUCUUUCUCACAGUCUCGCUCGGCGUAGCAGAGCGCUAGAGCAGGAGAGCGAUCGUAAGGCGACGAAGGGAGGCGGAAUCAUGGGAGCGUGCGCGACGAAGCCCAGGGCGGAGGCGGACGAUUCGGCGCCGGUGCCCUUGCCAGAUUCCAAGGCGGAGGACGAUGCCUUCCGGGACGAGAAGAUCAAGUCAAGAUCGGUGCUCGACGAGAAUCGCCGGAAAACCCUCGACCAUUUGUUCAAGAUUGAAGAGACGAUCAAACGCUCUGGCACUGUAGCCCAUACAAGUGUUGCAUCAGAGCCUCAUAUACCAGAACCUUUAGUAGCAAAGGAAGAAGUGGUUGAGUUGAGGGCAAUUGAGAAAACAGUAAUACUUGAGACAGAAGUACCUACUAAGGUAUCUGAUCUGGAAAUGACUGAAGCAACAAAGCAAGAAACAGAACAACCUGCUAAGAUUAUACCUGACACAAAUGAAGAACAAUCACAUGAAUCCAAAGAACAUGUUGAGGUAUUGAAACCUGAGAUGAAGAAAGUUGGGGUGCAUGAAACAGGAGAAGUGGUUGAGUUGAGGGCAAUUGAGAAAACAGUAAUACUUGAGACAGAAGUACCUACUAAGGUAUCUGAUCUGGAAAUGACUGAAGCAACAAAGCAAGAAACAGAACAACCUGCUAAGAUUAUAACUGACACAAACGAAGAACAAUCACAUGAAUCCAAAGAACAUGUUGAGGUAUUGAAACCUGAGAUGAAGAAAGUUGGGCUGCAUGAAACAGGAGAAGUGGUCGAGUUGAGGGCAAUUGAGAAAACAGUAAUACUUGAGACAGAAGUACCUACUAAGGUAUCUGAUCUUGAAAUGACUGAAGCAAAAAAGCAGGAAACAGAACAACCUGCUAAGAUUGUACCUGAAACAAACGAAGAACAAUCACAUGAAUCCAAAGAGCAUGUUGAGGCAUUGAAAUCUGAGAUGAAGAAAGUUGGGCUGCAUGAAACAGGAGAACAGCUCGAACUGAAGGAAGUUGAGUCUCAUGAAACUGGAGAACAGUUUGAAAUGAAGAAGGAACAACUUGCUAAGAUUAUACGUGAAACAAACAGAGAACAAUCACAUGAUAUCAAAGAACAUAUUGAGGUAUUCAAACCUGAGAUGGAGGAAGUUGGGCUGCAUGAAAAGGAACUUGAGUCUCAUGAAACUGGAGAACAGCUUGAAAUGAGGGAAGUUGAAUCUCAUGAAACUGGAGAACAGCUCAAAAUUAUGGAAGUUGAAUCUCAUGAAACUGGAGAACAGCUUGAAAUUAGGGAAGUUGAAUCUCAUGAAACUGGAGAACAGCUCAAAAUUAUGGAAGUUGAAUCUCAUGAAACUGGAGAACAGCCUAGUGAGAUAUGUGAUACUGAACUCAAGGAAGCAAGACCAUGUGAAACAGAAGAGCAACAUAUCGAGGCAUCUAAAUUUGCAAAGGAAGCAGAACCACAUGAAUCAGACAAACAAUCUACUGAAUUAUCUAAAGCUGCAAUCAAGGAGGCAGAACUACAUGAAACACAACAUCCUAAUGAAGUAUCUAAAGUUGACACCGAGGAAGUGAUACCACAUUCAACAGAAGAACAAUCUACUGAGGUAUCUAAAGUUGGAAAGAGUGAAGUUGAACCAUAUAACACGGGAGAACAACCUAUUGAGUUAUCUAAACCAGAAAAUAAGGUGGCGGAACCACUUGAAAAGGAAGAACGACCUAAUGCAGCAUCUAAAGUUGACACGAAGGACAGACAAUCUACUGAAUUAUCUAAAGCUGCAAUCAAGGAGGCAAAACUGCAUGAAACAGAACAACCUAAUGAAGUAUCUGAAGUUAACACCAAGGAAGGGAUACCGCAUUCAACAGAAGAACGAUCUACUGAGGUAUCUAAAUCUGGAAAGAGUGAACUUGAACCAUAUAACACAGGAGAACAACCCACUGAGUUAUCUAAACCAGAAAAUAAGGUGGUGGAACCACAUGAAAAGGAAGAAGUACAUAUUGAAGCAUCUAAAGUUGACAUGAAGGACAAACAAUCUACUGAAUUAUCUAAAGUUGCAAUCAAGGAGGCAGAACUGCAUGAAACACAGCAACCUAAUGAAGUAUCUAAAGUUGGCACCAAGGAAUUGAUACCACAUUCAACAGAAGAACGAUCUACUGAGGUAUCUAAAGCUGAAAAGAGUGAAAGUGAACCAUAUAACACAGGAGAACACCCUACCGAGUUAUCCAAACUAGAAAAUAAGGUGGUGGAACCACAUGAAAAGGAAGAACACCCUAAUGAAGCAUCUAAAUUCGACAUGAAGGAAGCAGUACCACAUGAAGCAGAAAAACAAUCUACUGAGGUAGCUAAUGCUGGAAUGAGCAAAGCCAAACCACAAGACACAGGAGAAGAGCCUACUGAGGCAUCUAAACCAGAAACUAAGGAAGCAGAACCCCAUGAAAUUAAAGGAGAAAGUACAGUGGUUGUUAAUGCCAAAACAAAGGAAGCAGAAUCAACUAAAACUGAAGAACCUACUGAUCUAGAAGAAAAACUUCCUGAGAAAUCGAAAGCCCAAAUGAAAGAAGUUUCAUGUAUGGCAGAAGAUCAACCUAGUGAGGUAUCUAAAGUUGAAGUGGAAGAAGAAUCACGUGCAACAGAAGAACCUACUGAAGUAUAUCAGGCCUAUAUAAAGGAAGCAGAACCUCAACGAAGUGUAGAGCCUUCAAUUGAAUUAUCUGAAACUAAUACUAGUGAAGCUACCAUAAAUGCUACACCACUGGAGACAUCUAUUCCUUCUGUGAUAGCAAAUUGUGAUUCAUGCAUAUCUGAUGUGGAAGCAUUGGACUCCAAAAUGAAAACCUCUACAGACACUGCUAAACUGGAGGCGCUGAAACCCACUUCCACACAAGUUGACAAAUAAAACAGUCCAGUAGUAAAUAGGUGUGUGAUUCCAUUCUUUCUCAUUAUUGCAAAGUAUUUAGAAAGAUUGUGUUGGGCAAAUCCGAUGACAUUAAUGUUCUUAGCUUUGAGUGCAUGGUUGUGUAAUGUGUCUAGCCUCUGCGUCUCAGUUCUCUGUAUUUGUUGCCACAUUUGUGCAUUCCGUGAUUGCUACUUGAUUUCAUUAUAAAUUAGUAUAAACAAGACAACAAAUAUCGGGUUUGCAUUGUAAGCCAUUCCUAUUC